AUGUUGCUAGGCGACCCGCCACUAGGCGAACUUCCGCCCCCAUCGAUAUGUCAAUCAGUGUUCCCUUCCGGUGUCGCCGACCCCGGCGCGCGUUUAAAGUCCAUUUUCGUCUCGGGAAUGGACGCGGUGGCAAAUGCUCUCGAGUCUUACCGGGGUCGCGAUCGGUUCGUGCGGACUGUGUGCUACAGCUCGCGGCUGCUGGGUGGCCUGCUGGUGGUUCAGGCGGGAGGGCGGCCCGAGUUGGGCCGCCGGCUGCUCCUGGUCGCCCAGCAGCUCAGCAACUGCCGGGCGACGCUGCGUCUCUUCGAUGACCUCUCCAUGUUCCUGUACUCGCGGGGGUACGGGCUGGGUGGCACGGAAGAAGACGCAAUUUUGCGGUUGCUCUCUGUAACGGGAAACCUGGCAGAUCAGCUCUAUUACCCCUGCGAACAUAUAGCCUGGGCUGCUGACUACAGAAUUCUGAACAUCAACUCAGAGAAGUGGUGGAUGUUCAGUAACACACUGUGGACACUGUCUCUGGCACUGGGAGCUCUGCGGUCCUUCAGAGUUGUGCAGCUGCUGAAGAAGAAACUAAAGGAAACCCAGAAUAACACUUACCUCAGAACAGAUGAAGCCAACCAUCUGAGUAGACAGGCAUAUCAGACACGGAUGCGAGCGGAAAUUCUCAAUAUCAUCAGCUGCCUGGCUGACCUGACAAAUGCCAUCCACUGGAUGCCACCGGGCUUCCUGUGGGCAGGGAAGUUUCCCGAGUGGCUGGUGGGGCUAAUGGGGACCGUUUCGUCAGUAAUCAGCCUCUACCAGAUGUCUUGCGGGAGCAGUAGCAACAAGGACCCGUAACGGGAGAGGCGCGUGGUUUUGAUUUGGGGUGUAUAACCUGACAACCCAUCAGGGAGAGUGCUCAAGCUUGAUCCAUUUUAUUGGCGUGUUUGGGAGACCGUUAUUUAUUUAUUGGGGGAGAAUAGCUUCCGUCCUGUCUCACGAAAAACAGACUUUCCCACCUCCCCAUCAUCAGAUCUCGUCCAUGGAGUACAAAAGCUCGAGGACUUUGUUCUAGGAAACCAUGGCUCUGUCAUUAACUGGCUUAUCCUAUCUGACAAUGACAUGGCAACAUUUCACUUCCUUUCUGCCAAGUUCAAAUCCAUCCAUUUUGGGCCCAGUUUAGCUAUCUCCUUCUUCUCAUCCCACCCUUAUAACUCAAAAUGUGGCCAUUCAUCCCACUGUGCCUAUGCUGGCCCACACAUCCCACUUGGAUUUUAGUCAGAGCCAUGUUGUGGCAGUUUCCUUUCCAGCAUCUAUUUACUUUUGGGAAUGCAGUCGGGAUCACAAGCUUUCCUGAUGAACCAGUGCCUAAGAACAUGCACCAGUACAAGGGAGGUUCAGAAUUUGACUUUAAAAAAAAGACAAAUUACUGCUGGAUGCUGGUGAUCUGAAAUAAAAGGUGAAAGUGGUGGAGAAAUGCAGCAGAUCCAGCAGCAUCCGUAGAGAGUGAAACAGACUUGAUGCUAUGAGUCCAACCUUCUUUGAAGGAGAAUCAUUGGACUCUCAUCAUUAAUUUCAGAAUUCGAUCUCUGUUCUUUCCCCAGCCUCAGCUCUUUCAUGGGGGUUUUACGUACUGGGCUGAACACUCCUGAGGUUAGAGAACAGAACAAUCAAUCAGAGACCAACUAUAGGCUGACACUCUCGCUACAAAUAUGUGUGUGUGUGUGACACUGUGUGGAUGUCUGUGUGAGAGAGAGAGAGAGAGAGAGAGAAAUACUAUGCAUAUGUGUAUGUGUGUGUGUGAGAGAGAGACUGUGUAUGUGUGUGAGUGAGACAUUGUGUGUGUGUAUCUGUGUGAGAGAGAGAGAGACUGUGAUUGAGACAUUGUGUGCAUAUCUGUGUGUGAGAAAAAGAGACAUUGUGGGUGAGUGAGACAUUGUUUGUGUGUGUGUGUGUGUGUGUGUGUGUGUGUGUGUGUGUGUGUGUGAGAGAGAGAGAGAGACUGUGAUUGAGACAUUGUGUGCAUAUCUGUGUGUGAGAAAAAGAGACAUUGUGGGUGAGUGAGAUAUUGUUUAUGUGUGUGUGGGGGGGGGGAGAGAGAGAAAGAGAGAGACUGUGUGUGUGCAUGUUCACUGUAUUGGGGAUUAGCUGUGAUACCUUCAAUUUAUUGAUCCAAAUCUCAGCAGAUUUAUGAAAAAUGUCCACUGGAGGCCAACCUGACCUGAUUCACCCCUUUCAGAGGAGGUGCAACUAAAACUGAGUAAAUUUGGAGAUGCAAUAACUUCAGUUCAUUGGUAGCUCAUGGAAAAAUAAAGACUGAAAACUUGCAUUUAAAACUGUGCAUACUUGGUUAGGUAAGAGCACGAUAUUUAUUUCAGGUGAAUUUUAUUGAUGAGUCCAGAUGAGCCUGACUUAUGCUAUCCUUCAUUUUUCUGUGUCUCUGUCUCAGGGCCCCUCACUCCUGUGUUAAUCGUAGAAAGAAUUAAAUGUUAUUGGGACACAGCAACAAAACUGACAUUAAUUGUUCAACAAAUCUAGAAAAUGAUAACUGACAGCCAGUAAUCUAAACUAAGUAUAAAAACUUUCAGAAUAAUUUGAAAACU